GUUAUGGAGACGGCUUGUGCGUCUAUGGCCAACUGCAGCGAUUGGUGGUGGCCUCUUACGUGUUUGAUUUUUUUUUGCUUCUGCUUUUUCUUACUUUGUUUUUUUCUAACUCUUUUACUUUUUCGAUCAAUCUUACUUCUUUUUAGCAAUGAAUCCCUUCCAGCAUCCAACUUUUUUACAAAACAAACCGUUCCUCACUGUACUUACGGAGAUUCGCGACAGUCUGUUUAGUCUGGAACGUCGUAUGACCAACAUUGAAAACGCGUUGGGUCUCAAUCCGCAACAGCAGCGUCCUCAUCCGCAACAACUUCUCACCAAUGAGCAAGAUGUACGUGAACGGAUGGCGCAGUCGUACCAACUUUCGCAUACUGCGCAGCUCUCUCCAAGUGAGAAUAUCAAGAAGGUGCAGUACAUGGGCAACAGCCAAACGGUCACCAAGUCGCACAUAUUCAAGACUAAGAGGACGGUUGCAAAGUGCACAUGCUGCAACUUAUCGCGAGGUUCCCGAUCACGUCAAGAGGACAGAAUGGAAGACAUUCGAAGAGAAUGUCAAAUACAUGUACAAGCUGCCUCUUGACAAAUGUGAACAGCAUUGGUUUGUUGGACCACUCCUUUCAGAAUCACCAUCCAUCCCAAUGCCAUCACCAUCUUCUUCUUCGACUCGUCAACUAUCCCAACUGCCCCUUCUACCACAAGAAUCCGAACAACCUACCACUGCCUCUCCAUCCAUUCCAUCAUCAGCUCCUGCACUAUCACAUCAACCUACUUCUCCAUCCGCCGUCUUCUCCAUUCCUUCCUCUGUAGCUCCCCUACCACAACAGCCCGCUGCAUCACACACUGUCAGAUUGCAGCAAGGUAAGCGCAAAACACCUUCAUUCCCGCCUCCACAACGCAAACGUCGAAACUAAUAUGGAAAAAUAUAUGAACAACUAUAUGAUAGCAUUGAUAAAUAAUAAAUUAUGAUUAUGCUAAAAAA